GUUAACCUCGGGGCUUUAAACGUUUUCAAACUUCAUUGGUGGGACACAGUCGCUGAUAGAAAACGAUAACUAGUAUGAAUAGAAGCUCCUACACCCCCCCUUAUUGACUACAAAUGGUUUCGCCACGAGUGGUGGUCUCGGUUUCUCGCUUGUUGUCAGACACCGUCGUGACUUCCUGCCUUUUGGCCGAGCUCACCCCGUCGAGUUCCACUCGGAAUUGAACGCUUCCGCUGCUAUUUCAAGAUAGUUCGUACAAAUUCGCCGGCUGCUGAGAGGCACGGAGCUUCGAGGCCAGUGUUGGUCAAUGGAGACGUGACAGAAGCGUGUUUGUAUUGGAUUUUAGGUGUCCCCCAUCCAUCCGGCAUCGAGGCUGCCCCAAGAAGGACGGUCGCUAAUGCGCGUUUGAAAAACUCUAGAAUGGCACUGGGGCCUCCAACUUAAAGGCGCUUUCAUCAGCUUUUCGCCCCUGACCCAGAAACGAGUGGAAACCGGUUGGUGUAUCAGAGGAAUCACGCUGAUUCCGUGAUAAACAAACUUCAGUGACAGCUUCAAUUCGUAGCUACACGCUGAUUCCUGCUCGAAGCAAGAAAAAAAAAAACAGCAGCAGCAGCAACAACAAAAUACUUGAAAAUGACUGAAGAUUGGGGGGAGAGAUCCACAGCGGAGCUCAUGAGCAGGUACCUGCCCAAGGAAAUGGGGCAUGGGGUACCCACGGCCGGGUGGCGUAUCUGUUUGGCCCAUGAGUUCAAGGAGAAGAGGAGGCCUUUUCAAGCAAAGGACGUGUCCCUGGCUAACAUUGUGGAGCACACUGGCCUUGGAAUCAGGUAUCUAAAAUGGUGGUACAAGAAGACACAGGUGGAAAGGAAGGCGCCGUUCAUCGACAUGUUUCGUGCACAGCCUUUGCGGCAGAUAUAUGGUGCCCCGCUCGGCGGUAUCGGAGGAGGGACUAUCACCAGAGGUUGGAGGGGCGAGUUCUGUCGGUGGCAGCUCACCCCCGGCAUGUAUCACUACAAGACUGUCGCGGCUGAUCAGUUUACUGUGUGCUUGCGUCGCGGGGGACAAACGGUUUACCAACAGGUGCUCUCCGUAGAGCGCCCCCCGACGCUGCAAGGCUGGAACUGGGGCUACUGCGGCGAGUACGCCUUCUACCACGCCCUGUACCCCCGCGCCUGGACCGUCUACCACCUGCCGGGGCAAAACGUCACGCUCACCUGCAGACAGGUUUCCCCCGUCAUUCCUCACGACUACCAGGACUCCUGUUUGCCAGUGGUGGUGUUCGUUUGGGAUGUGGAGAACAAGAAUGACUUCGCGCUGGAUGUCACCAUCAUGUUCACGAUGGUCAAUGGGUCCGGGCACAAGGACGACAAAGGUGGGGGCCACUGGAAUGAACCAUUUCAUCUUGAAAAGGAGGGGGAGGCUGUGUCUGGAGUGUUGCUGCAUCAUUCCACAACAGUGAACCCUUACACUUUAUGCAUCGGAGCUCCAGAGCAGCCAAACAGGGAAGUCAGCCAUCAGACUGCGUUCAGUCCAAAGGGAACUUGCUGUGGCCUGUGGAGUGACCUAAUCGCUGAUGGACGCCUGGACUCUCCCACGGGCUCCAGCCCGCCGACGCCCAAAGGAGAGAAGGUGGCAGCGGCGCUGGCAGUUGGCUGCUCUGUGUCGCCUCAGAGCCGAAACACCCUGGAGUUCUGUCUGGCGUGGGACAUGCCCAAAAUCACCUUUGGGUCUCGAGAGAGGCAGCACCACAGGCGGUACACUCGUUACUUCGGGAGCGAAGGGGACGCGUCGCCCUCGCUCAGUCACUACGCCCUGACGCGCUACAAAGUGUGGGAGAAGAAGAUUGAGGAGUGGCAAGCCACCAUUCUGCAGGACAGUUCCCUCCCCUCCUGGUACAAGUCGGCUUUGUUCAACGAGCUGUACUUUGUGGCCGACGGGGGGACGGUAUGGACGGAGCUGCAGGAGGACGCCGACGUCAGCGGCGGCGUGCGCAGCGAAGACGGCGGCCUGCCCGCUCAGCCGGCCAUCAUCAAAGAGUACGGCCGCUUCGCCUACCUCGAAGGUCAAGAGUACAGAAUGUACAACACGUACGACGUGCACUUCUAUGCUUCUUUUGCACUUAUCAUGCUUUGGCCCAAACUUGCCUUGAGUGUGCAAUAUGACAUUGCUGGCAGUGUAGUUCAGCAGGAUUUAACUGAGAGGUCGCAUCUGAUGAGCGGCAAGUGCGCUGCGGUCAAGACCAAAAAUGUGGUGCCUCACGACAUCGGAGAUCCAGAAGAAGAGCCGUGGCAAAGAGUGAACGCCUAUCUCAUUCACGACACCGCCUACUGGAAGGACUUGAACCUGAAGUUUGUCCUGCAGGUCUACAGGGACUAUCACCUGACGCAGGACGGGCAGUAUCUGCGGGACAUGUGGCCCAUCUGCCAGGCAGUGAUGGAGUCGGAGCUGAAGUUUGACCUGGAUGGAGACGGCCUGAUCGAGAACUCUGGCUUCGCUGACCAGACUUAUGACGGCUGGACAGUAACUGGACCAAGUGCGUACUGUGGCGGGCUGUGGCUGGCGUCAUUGUGCGUCAUGUGCAAAAUGGCCAGCCUGGUCGACAACGAGGAGGCGCAGCAGCACUACAGAGACAUCUUAGACAGAGGCAGCGUCGCUUUUGAUAAACUACUGUGGAACGGAAGGUAUUACAACUACGACAGCAGUGGGAGAGACCUUUCGAACAGUGUCAUGUCCGACCAGUGCGCCGGCCAAUGGUUCCUGAGAGCGUCUGGCCUCGGAGAAGGAGACUUCCAGGUUUUUCCCAAAGAAAACAUCCGGGCCGCACUCCAAACGGUUUUCGACUUGAAUGUGAUGAGCUUCGGCGGCGGUCAGAUGGGCGCCGUCAACGGCAUGCGGCCCGAGGGCGUGGCCGACCGCUCCAGCGUCCAGUCCGACGAGGUUUGGAUCGGCGUAGUUUACGGACUGGCCGCCACCAUGAUCCACGAGGGUAUGUUGUCUGAAGGCAUGCGCACGGCAGAGGGCUGCUACCGCACGGUGUGGGAGAGGCUGGGCAUGGCCUUCCAGACGCCCGAAGCUUACUGCGAGAAGGCCAUCUACCGCUCUCUGGCGUACAUGAGGCCGCUCAGCAUCUGGGCCAUGCAGCUGGCUCUUAACCGGUCGCGCGAUGGUCGCCACACGGGGAGCGGAGAAGGUGCACGUCAAUGAGCUCCGCCGAGGUCCCUUUGGAAAUCCCAACUUUGAUCCGUUAGGUUUGUCUGCAGCCUGCAGGUCAUAGCGUUACUUGAAUUCUGUUUUUCCUUCCAUCUUUGCGAUGCCGGGUGGUGUCAAAUCGUAACCAGUGUGUUCCGACACCUUGUCAAUUUUCACACGUCAUUUAUCUUUUUCUUAUUACAGGUGCUUGUAAAUUGAGCAGUUACCGAAACACGUUCUCCAUUUUUUAUUUUUUUUUGUAAUACAGAAUUUGCGGCCUUAUUGCACGUUAGCUUAUAUCAACGUAGCUGCAGUCCUAAAUGUUUUCGUACACGCACACUUAUGACAAUCAUCCUGAAUAAAUGACUGUCAAGGAGUA